AUGAUGGGGCUGGCUGCGUAUCAAGAGCCAGUUCCAGGGCCGUUCGAGCUAGAGACAUUUCAUGGCUGGAAUCCGCAAGGAGGAAGAGAGGAUGAUAGACUGUGGACUGUGGAGCAGGCGUGUACCCUUAACUUGGACUUCGAUAAGGUGCUGAUUGAUCCAAACGAUGCAUAUGCCUACUCAACCCCCGAAGAAGAAACAACAACGACCGAGUUUCAAACAACAUCAACGACCUCCCUCCCUUCUACAACUUUGAACUACGCCGCUUGGUAUUCAACAGUGGGAACCACAACAAGCUCAGGUAACUCGUUCGACGACCAGUUCUCUAGCUUGGAAGAACAACCAGUUGAUUACUCCGAUGAUGUCUUUCGCUUCCGCCGAUCAGGUAGCUCGCUCGCUUCUCCACAAAUCUGCGAUUACUUCGAAUCCGAUGAGUACAAACAACAGCAGUUCGAAACGCUCCUCGCGCAAAACCUCACGGAUGGUCUUCAAUCCCGCGGCGCCUUGAAUAGCAAGAGUUGGCCUGGCGACCUCGACGGGGUCAAAACCCGAAAACAUCUCGUCAUUCCUUUUCGCCACGAUCCGACCGCCGAGCAUACUGCCACCGCGAAGAAAACCAUCCAGGAAUCGUUCGAUGAAAUUACCAAAGAGCUCAAUGGCUGCAUCAAGUUUCAAGACGAUUCUUCCCAGAAAAAAUUUUCCUACUGGAUCAAUAUCUGGAACAAAGCUAGCUACGGCUGCUCUGCGAAUGUCGGCUACUUGGGAAGCUACAGCAACUACAAGGGAAAGGGGCAAAUUCUGAACUUGAGUCCCAGUGGAUGCUUGGUAAACUACAUCAUCAACCACGAGAUGCUCCACGCUCUGGCAUUCAACCACGAACAAGAACGGCCCGACAGAAACAAAUUUGUAAAAGUCCAUUUCGAUCGAAUCGCUUCUUCGAAAAAGCACAACUUCGAAAUCAUCAAGGCCGCGGACUGGUUCGACAUGGGCAUUCCCUACGACAUCCAAUCCGUCAUGCACUACUCCGCCUUUGCUUUUCAGACCAGCGAUGCUGCGACAAAAAGGCUUCCAACAAUCACGGAUCUGAAGGGCAAUCCUGUCCAAUGGCCAAGAACAAGAAGACUUUCCUCGAUGGAUUUGAUCCAGCUCGGGAAAAAGUACGAAAGCUAUUGUGGAAAGCCAGGAGGGCAAUUUAUCAAAACGAAGAAAUGCAAGAACGGACAGGACUUCUUGGCGAAUAGGUACUGUGAUGGAGUCAAUGACUGUAUCGAUGGAUCUGAUGAAGAUGCAAAGACUUGUCAGGCGUACUGUGAGGCUGAUACGAUCGAGAUUUCCAAGGGCGGUAGUGCGACUAGCGAGAAAUGGACCGGGACGUAUCAAAAGAUCAAAUCUUCUGGCUACCCAAAAUCAAUUAAAAUCACCCACAAAGGUGGCGAAAUCGCCCCUCUUUACGGCUUCUCUGGUGUUCACCUCGCUUUGCCACUGAAAGACUCUUGCCUCUUUUCGCCGAAAGUGCCGAUGUACAAGUUGAUUGACAGCAACCGAUACAUCUAUUUCCGGCAAUUCAGCGACGGGACUUCCCGCUGGUACCAUUCGACGAUCCCUUGUCAGAUGAGCUCGGGCGUUUACUACAUGUUCGAUCCGGCGAAAAAUGGCGGAAAAAAGAACAUUUGGGAUCUCCCAAAUCCAGUCAUGAGCAGAUACGAUACAUGGCAAAAGAAGUGGUUUCACGACUACAAAAAUGUGCAAACUCAAGUUGGAUCGGAUGGCUGGAAAGCGCUGAAAAGCAAUCAUGUGCUCGCGAUGAGGGAUGAUGGAAGAUGGGAGAUCUCAGAAACAGGGAGCAGUGCGAAAGUUACUCUGAGCAGAAUGUAUCAUGAGUUUUGCGUUGUGGGGGACUAUGAUGGAGACAUAAAGGUCUCAAGCAAGCCAACGCCUCCUCCAAAUCCAGUCAUAACUGGCACCAAAACUGAAGUCAUCUGCACCGAUAAAACAAUGACCAUCAAGGCUCAUGUUCUCUCCCUCUUCCCAAAACUCCCAAAAGCUCAAUGGCCAAGUGUCAGGUUGAAAAUUGGAAGCUGUUCAUUUUCAACCGCGCCUGUCAAUGGAGAAUUCAAGCAGACGAUUGAAAUUUCAAAAUGCGCGGCAAGCUAUUCUCAAGAUGCAAAAGUCAUCAAGACAACCUGGAAAGUCGUCGGAACGAAACCAGCGCAGUCCGGUGGAAUCCUAUUGGAUAAAAUUGCCCAUAUCGACGCAACAUGCGAAUAUCUCAGCGCACUGAACUUGAUGUCCGAUGCCUACAAGGUCAACCAGAACGGACCAAUUGUCGUGACAGAUCCUCAAACUGGCGGAGCUGGAAAGCCAGUCAGUUUGUCCGGCGUUUUCAAUGUAAAAAUGACCGGUAUUUCAAAUGCCCAGGUUCAAAUCGGUGGGGAAAUGAAAAGCGCGGUCACCACUGACUUCAAAUUCGGCAUCCCCUACGACUAUCAGAUCAACAGCUGCACUGUGUACGAUUCUAGCGCCAAAACCGGCAAGAAAUACGCGAUCCUUCAAAAUCCUUGCAAACCAUCAGUCGCGGUCAAAUUCGACAACUCCAAGCUCGUCGGAAACAUCUCCGAUCCUCCCAAAUUCGGCUUCACAAGUUUUACUUUCGAUCAAAAAGACACAACGCUCUACUUAGAAUGCAGCCUGAAUCUCUGCUUGAAAGACCCAAGCACGGGCGCCUAUCUCAAAUCUGGCUGUAUCACAAAAUGCACCUGA